GCAGUGUGGUUCGUUGAAAACAAAUUACCACGAAGCAGCAUAAAUGAGAGCAGGGUGUAACUGCUUUCAUGUUUAAAGCCUCCUUUACUUUGAAUUCCUGAGAUUUUUCAGCAUAAUAUCCAAAUUUAGAGGAAAACAUCUGCUUGGAUUUAUUCAAAUUAUUCCACAAGAGGUCUAGUGUGAGGUGUAAACUCACUGUUAACACCUGGACGUAGUAGAAACAUGCCUGUGUGUUUUUGCUUGGUAGGGGGUUGAUGUUAUUCCAGUGAGGCAGCAAGGCAAAUGGGCGGGUCUAAUGGGACCACUGGGGAAAAUGAAGUGUUUUCAAAGGAGGCUGAAACAGUUCGGAAAGUCAGAGAGGAUGGAGGUGUAGCCUUUCUCUGACAUUUCAGAAUUGAUUAACUAAGAUUUAAGGACACAGUUUGUGACAUUUGAUGAGUUUUAUCCUCACUGCACAAUGACUUGGUGUCAGUUUGAUUACAAUUAAUCUGUUUGACUGAGAUAAAAGGAUUUAAAUAACCAUGGCAACCUCAGCUCUGACCGGCUUCUCCAUGAUGAGCCUGCUCAGCCUCGGGUACCUGACCUGGGACAUGAUGAGCCCUAACCAGGUGGAAAACGAGCCAGACCAGACGUUUGCUGACAGGUCUCCCGUUCCGCAGCCUCCUCACAUCCUUUUCAUCAUGACAGACGACCAGGGGUUCAACGACAUCGGCUACCACAGCUCUGACAUCAGGACACCGGUGCUGGACAAACUGGCUGCUGACGGAGUGAAGCUGGAAAAUUAUUACAUUCAGCCCAUCUGCACCCCGUCCCGCAGCCAACUCAUCACCGGCAGGUACCAAAUUCACACUGGCCUGCAGCACUCCAUCAUCCGGCCCCGCCAACCCAACUGCCUGCCCUUUGACCAGGUCACCCUCCCCCAGAGACUGCAGGAGCUCGGCUACUCCACUCACAUGGUCGGCAAGUGGCACCUGGGCUUCUACAAGAAGGAGUGCCUGCCCACUCGCCGAGGCUUCGACACCUACUUUGGCUCCCUGACAGGCAGUGUAAACUACUACACCUACGACUCCUGUGAUGGGCCCGGGAUGUGUGGCUUCGACCUCCAUGAGGGGGAGUCGGUCGCCUGGGGCCAGAGUGGCAAAUACUCCACCCAUCUCUACACGCAGAGAGUCCGCAAGAUCUUAGCAACCCACGAUCCUCAGUCACAGCCGCUGUUCAUCUUUCUCUCGUUCCAAGCUGUUCAUACACCCCUGCAGUCUCCGCGGGAGUACAUCUACCCGUACCGUGGGCUGGAGAAUGUAGCACGCAGGAAAUACGCCGCUAUGGUCUCAGCCGUAGAUGAGGCGGUACGUAAUAUAACAUACGCUCUCCGCAAGUAUGGUUACUACCAGAACAGUGUCAUCAUCUUCUCUACUGACAACGGUGGCCAGCCGUUGUCUGGUGGCAGUAACUGGCCGCUCAGAGGACGUAAAGGCACCUACUGGGAAGGUGGUGUCCGGGGUCUGGGGUUUGUUCACAGCCCUCUGUUGAGGAAGAAGAAGAGGGUGAGUAAGGCCCUGGUGCACAUCACGGACUGGUACCCCACACUCGUGGGAUUAGCAGGUGGGAAUGAGUCCCUGACCAGGGGGGUGGAUGGGUAUGAUGUUUGGGAGGCUAUCAGCGAGGGGAAGGAUUCGCCCAGGUUGGAGAUCCUCCACAAUAUUGAUCCUCUGUACAACCAUGCACGCAGUGGCUCCCUGCAGAAAGGAUUUGGGAUCUGGAAUACAGCUGUGCAGGCAUCCAUACGAGCCGGAGACUGGAAACUCCUAACAGGAGACCCCGGCUAUGGAGACUGGACACCGCCGCAGAUGCUUCCAGGUUUCCCCGGCGGCUGGUGGAACCUGGAGCGCCACACUGAGCCCCGCAAAUCUGUGUGGCUUUUCAACAUCUCCGGAGACCCGUAUGAACGUUAUGACCUUUCUGAGCAGAGACCAGAUGUUGUUAAAGAACUGCUGGCUAGAUUAGUGUACUACAAUCGCACUGCAGUGCCAGUAAGAUAUCCAUCAGAGGACCAGCGGGCAGACCCCCACCUGAAUGGCGGUGCCUGGGGUCCCUGGGUAGGAGAUGAGGAGGAGGACAGCUGGGACAGUGUCUACCAGAAAAAGAGUAAGGAUUGGAAGACGAAGCUUAAACUGUCCAAAAGCAGGUCAUUUUUCAGGAGACUCAACACGAGGAUUAUGUCCAACAGGAUAUAGGAAGGACUUAAAAAGGUUCAGAGGAGACACACCUGAAGGACAAAGUUAUAUAUCAUCCUGUUGAGGGAACUUUUUAAAGAUGUGAUUUUCUCUGCA